AUGGCAAGUUUCAGUGAGGCACUGAAAGCUGAAAGCCUUGUCGACGUUUCAUGGGAUGGUACUAAAUUACGAGAUGCUAUUUUUGAAAUUAUUAAAGUUUUCAAAUCGCAUGAUUCUCGAAUUUCAACUAUUGAAGGUACAAUUCCUAAUUUAAUUACAAAAGAAACAUACAAUCAAGCAUUAGAUCAGAUUGAUGAUCUUGCAACUAAAUUAAAUGCCACAAAACAAUAUAUAGAUUCGCAAAAUCAAAAAAUUGGACUGAUAAUUGAUCAAAAAGUUGAAGAAAUCCACAAUUUUGUUGAAUCAGAAGACCUUGAAACUCUUAAUGAGACAAAAAGACUUUGCGAUCAGUCUGCAGUUGAUAAUAAAGCAGAAAUCGAAAAAUGCCAUAACGAAAUCAUUGAAGUGAACAACAAAGACAGCCUCAUUGAAACAGAAAUACAACUUAUCAAAAAGAAAAUUGAUCAACUUUAUCAAAGAACUUCAGGCUCUGCAACUGUUUCUUCAGUUCUAAAGCAGAACAAUAUACAACAAAUGCCUUCGCCGUCUGAUAACGAAACUCCAGAGUAUAUCGAGUCAAGAAUACGAAAUAUUGAGAAUAUGUUAGGAACAUAUCCAGAAAUAGAAAACCAAGUAUCAGAACUUUCGGUUAAUUUCCCAGUUGUUACUAAAAGUCUCGAAAAAAGAUUAGAUUCUUUACAAUUAUCUGUCGAAACAAUGCCAUUAAUUGGAACCCCAACUGAGAAGCCUCCUGAGCGUGCAGGACCAUCAAAUACAGCUUCCGCAUAUCAGAAUAUUAUUUCCAAGCAAAUUUCUGUCAAAAAAGAAGAUCUCGAUUCAGGAAGACUAACAGCACAAGAUCUUGUCAAUAUGAUUAAAGAGCCUGUUUUAGAACAACCUAAAAUGCCAGAGCCUCCUAAAAUGAUCGAUCUAGAUGAUAUUUCUCCAAGUCCAUCUUCUCAAAGCCUUAAAAUCGAUGCACAGGAACCAGUUGUGUCCUCCACAAUUAGUGUUAAGGAUAUUACUGCUCCUAUACCCGAUGAAAACAUCGAUAGCCGUGUUUUACAAGUUAUUGAAAAUCGUGUUUACACAACACAAAUGCAGAGCUCCAUGAAAGUCGUUACAGAGAUUGAGUGGAUCAAGAGUGUGUUGUCCAAGCACACAGAAGCCCUUAAACAGCUCCAACAGCAACAAAUGCUGCAUCAAGAGAAUAAUAAGACGCUUGCCGACAACAUUUUGCAGUUAAACUCAACAUUUAACUCACGUAUUGUCCAAAUCGCUCAACAACAACUCAAUCUUCGUGGAGAAUUCGAUGAAACAAGAAAAACUUUGAUUGAUCAAAUGACAAAUCUUCGUCGCAGAGUCAAUAUGCCACAAGAUCUCAAGUUUGGCAUGCACGACAACAAGGAUAGCAGCGACGAACCAGCGGAAGUCGACAAAGAAAAAGAAUUAAAGAAUUUGGAAGUUUCAGAACCGAAUGAAAACGAUGAAGAAAAGAAAGGAAAAGGUGAAGAAGAGGAGGAAGAAGAGAAGAAGUCAACAGAUGGAGAAGAAGAAGAGGAGGAGGAAGAGGAAGAAGAAGAAAAGAAAGAAAAGAAGAAAAAACUCGAAAAAAUCAAACCAAGAACGAAUUAUUCGCUUCCUCAGAACCAAAGAAGACUCAUCGAUCUCUCAUUCGCACAUUUCGUUGAAGACUUACCUCCAUUGCCUCAAGAUAAAAGAGAAUACGGCCAAAAACUAACCGCCGGGCCAAGUAAAACUGAUUUGAAUUCAAGCCAUGAUAAAUUGGCGGUUUUUGAUCCUUACUCGCAACCAGAGAGAUACAUUCAACCGCAGAAUGUCAGACAAUCAUCUACAGAUAUAUUUGAUCCCCAUGAAACAGGAAAUACCUCUUUUGAACCUUCCAAUUUACCACCAUUAAUUCCUCAAGUAUCAAAUCAAAAUCCGACAAAAGUAAUCAUAAGAUACAGUGUUCCUGCACCUAAAAGACCAAGCACAAGUCAUGGAAACGAAGCACCACAGCUUCCUUUAAUCACUGACGAGCAAUUAGAGACGAGAGUCACUAAGAUUGCAAGUGUAAGUGUCAGCCAACUCGGAGAAAGACUUGUUCGACAAGUUGAUGAAAGAGUUCUUCAAAUGCAGAAAUCUACGAAUUCUAUUGUCGCUUUGAUGGACAAAAAGAUUGAUAGAGAGUUUGUAGAAAGAAUGUUUGAUAGAGUCAGAGAAAUGCUUAAUGCAUUUAAUGACCAAAUUGAAAAUAUGCAGGCGUCAUUCUUAAAUUGGGUGACAAGAGAUGAAUUAGAAAUUGUUUUACAACAGUUUGGAGAUAGAAUUUGUGAUGGUGAAAAUACUGCUGCAUCUAAAUAUACUUGUUUGCUCUGUGGAAGACCUACAAAUCAUGUGGCAGGAAUGAUUAAUGGAAAAAUGAAUACAACAACUAUGCAGAAGACUGGAAAACAAAAAGGAAGUAUUAAGAGACCUCCUGUUUUGAGUGACAAGGCUUCUGUUAUAUCUGUUUAA